AUGUCUUCGCCAUUCAAGAAAAUUCUCAUCGUCGGAGCCACUGGCUCAAUUGGCUCCAUCAUGUUAGACGCCCUAGUCAAAGAACCUUCCUUCACAGUCGCCGUCCUCCAACGCUCAUCGUCGGCAGGCAAGCUUCCAGAAAACGUGCAAGUCAUCAAAAUCGACGAUUCAUACCCAACUGAAGCCCUUAUCUCUGCUUUCACCGGCCAAGACGCCAUUGUCAAUUGCAUGACUUCCUUAGCCGUCGCUGAUCAACUCCGCUUCGUCGACGCUGCAGUCGCUGCGAAAGUUAAACGCUACGUUGCUUCCGAGUAUGGUCUCAAUAACAACAACCCUGACGCAAGAGCACUGAACUCCGUAUUCCGAGAGAAGGGCCAAGUGCAGGAUUAUCUUCGCUUGAAGGAAUCCGCUGGCCUCGAGUGGAUGGCCAUUGCUUGCGGCAUGUGGCUCAAGUGGAGUGCCGUGCACGACUUUCUGGGAAUGCAUAUCAAGGACAAGAGGUUUGUCAUCUGGGAUGAUGGAGAAGGCUGGUUCAGCUGUACCACUGAAGCCAACACGGCUCUGGCAAUGAUCAACGCCCUGACCAAGAAAUGGGAAGAGACAAAGAACAGAAUUGUUUGGCUGAGUGACUUUGCUAUCACUCAGAAUAUGCUCCUUGAGAUCAUUGAGAGCGUCAGCGGGGAAAAGCUGGCUGUUGAAAAGAUUGAUAGUGAGAAGAUGAUUAAAGAGAGCCAGGCUGCUGUGGCAGCUGGGAAUCCUUACGCUGUUUAUCAUCUGAUCGAGACGGGUUUUGUUACGGGGCGAUUUGGGGGGCACCUUGAGAAGGAGGGGGAAAUCAUGAAUGAUUUAUUGGGUCUACCGAAGCAGGACUUUGAGGAGGUUGUUCGUGCCGCUUUGAAGGCUGUCGAAGAGUCAUGA